AAAUAGAAGAACAAUGAGAAAGAGGCAUCCAGCAUGGAGAAGAAGCAGAAGAGCAUUGACGACAUCCUCCCUCUUGACCUGAUUCACAGAAUCUUACUGAGAGUGCCGGCCAAGCAUCUCGCUCGUCUCAGGUGCGUUUCGAAGCUCUGGUACUCUCUAAUUUCCGAUCCACAAUUUGCGGAAUUGCAUUUUCACAACUCUCCCGCAGCCACCAACGCAACCAUCUUCAUAGACCACAUAAACCGCACUGUGGCUUACUUCGUUUACUUAGAAGCACUAUUUAGUGACGACAUUGAUACAUCACCCGUAAAAGUGGUGCCUCCCCCUUUCAAGAAGAAAAAGCCACCUACUGAUUUUGAGUUCCUGGGAUCCUGCAGAGGCUUUGUUCUUUUACAUCGAGACCCACAUUUUCUUGUGGUAUGGAACCCACUGACUGGAUACAGCAAAAGAAUAUCCUACUCUCGUAUUGCUUCUCGUUGUGUGUACAAGGAUAUUAGCCUUCCCUGCAAGUUCUAUCUGUAUGGAUUUGGUUAUGAUGCUUCACAGGAUGACUACGUAGUUGUUGUAGCUUGGCAGGAUAAGGAUUACCAUUAUCACUUGGAUUACUUGUCCUUGAGAACCAAUUCAUGGAUUAAUCUCGAUGCUGCAUUCUCCAAACCCUCGGGUGUUUUUGACAUCAAUUCUUGUGGGUUGUUCUUGAAUGGUGCUAUUCAUUGGCUGCCUCACUCUCCUAAAACUUUUAGGGAUGCUAUUCUUAUCUUUGAUCUGAAGGAGAGGACUUUUUCAAGGAUAUCUGGGCCGGAACAACCUGUAAUGAGUGCAUUCUCCUAUUCAAAUCUCGCCCUACUAGGAGGCUGCCUAGCCUUGUAUUAUCGCAAUGAUUUUAGCCAUAACACUCACAUAUGGGUGAUGAAAGAAUAUAAAGUGCACUCAUCUUGGACUCUCCAUGAGAUUCCUUGCAAAGUCUAUCAGCUAUUCUGCUUAUCCAGUGAUGGUGAUAUUAUUGUAAGAGGUUAUGAUGAAGUAGAAGUAGAAGUAGGUUACUUCAUAUAUAAUGUCAGAAGAGACCUGCUCACACAUUUUGAAGAUCUUUUUUAUUCAUUCCGAAUAACGGAUACUGUGUAUACAGAGAGUCUCUUGCCAUUUCCUAGUGACAUUAAGGAUAAGGAUAAGAAGAAGAAGAUGAAAAAGAAGAGGAAGGAAAACAGUGUCAUGCAAUGGUGAUUUUUUCUGUAGGCCAUCAGAAUCAGAAAGAUGUCAAACAAGGAAAGAGAAUUUAGAGAGAAUGACUGACCAACAGAGACACUUAAUUCUACUCUAAAUAAAGUGUAGGAUUGACAAGUUGAGCUGGAAGAAGCUUUUAGAGAAUUUUAUUUUAUUUUUCUUUUGCUUUAGAGUAUGAUUUCCCUUCCAACUAUGAAUGUGAAAAACUGGAACAUUUAAAAAUGCAAAUAGAGUUUCCUCUAGUUAAAUCAAAUGUCUUUUUUGUAUUAAAUAUAAUACUAAAAUCUCUUAUAUUAUCUGCUUUAUCUAUAUUCAAUAUUUCAUUGGUUGCGUUAUCAUGUCUACACAGAAUAUCACACAUCAGUAUGAGAUUUAACAUGUAAACUAAUUGUUAAUUUGUGAGUUCAAUUUGGUCUUUAGUAGUAAGUAUUUCAUUAUUUUGUUUGUUGGGAUUACAAUUGGGAUAUUUGUGUUUGCCACUUGAAUUCUUCAUUGUUCAUGUAGCAUGUGCUCGCAAGUCUUUCUUUCAUGGUAGGUUAAGUAAACCAUAAGUUUUCUACUUGUUUUUUUGUUGUAUCUGGUAAUGAAACCUGUAGCAUGUUGAUACAAUUGCUAUAGUGGUGUAAAUUUUACAUCUUUAUGUAGGUCUUUCAACUUGAUUUUAUUCAAGUAUUUCCUAGUUUUAGGAUUAGCUUUUAGAUAUAUUUUUAAGCUGGUGUGUGGACACUAAGAUAUGCCAUAACCUGCAAUAAUGUUGGUAACAUUACCCAAUUGUGUUAACUUUUGAGUGGUUGAAAAUUUGUUAAAAGAAUUCUUUUCUUGUUUGAUUUGGAUAUUUAGAUGUAUAACUAUUAGGGAGCCACUCAUAUACGUCUAAAACGUCUUUUUGGAUGUUUUGAUUUCUACCAAUUAAAAUUCUUUUCAUUAUUAUUAUUAUUUAUUUGGUUGAGAGCUGAAUGUUUGCUGCAACUGACUGCCGUUUUCUACAUGUUGAAACUUUUGCUUUAUUGAAAAUUACAGAAGGCUUACUUCUCCAUAUUGAAUAUCAAUUACACCGUGGGUGGGUUUGUUUUCCAGGGAAAGUUGCGGAUUGGUGUGGCUGAGCAAACUCUCUUAGCUGCAUUAGGCCAAGCAGCAGUACAGAGUGAAGAACAUUCUAAACCACCUGCUGGUAUUAAAUCUCCUUUGGAAGAGGUAAGUUAAUCUCAUUGUUAGUUUGUUUUUGGUUUGGUGUUACAUGGUGCAAGGAGUUAAUCAGUAUAAACAGCUAGCUCCACGGCUUUCCUAGCUCCAUUGUCUUGGAUAGGGACCCCAUCUUUAUGAGUCACUUUUGGUGGAGAUUAUUUAAGUUGCAAGGCACUACUUUAUCAUUGAGCUCGGCAUACCACCCACAAACGGACGGGCAAAGUAAAGUAGUGAAUAAGACAUUGGAGAUGUAUCUUCGUUGCUUCUGUUUCGAGAAUCCCAGGUUAUGGUUCGAUAUGCUACCUUGGGCCCAGUAUUGGUAUAACACUUCUCAUCACAGAAGCAUCAAAAUGUCCCUGUACAUGGCUCUAUAUGGAAAACCAGAACACUAGGUCCAUGUGCAGUGGGAAAUUAGAGACACUGCAGAAACAUCAUGGGAACCAGUUGCCAACACUCGACUAUACCCUGCUCUCAACCUUGAGGAUAAGAUUGAUCUAAAUGGAAAGGAUACUGUAAGAAAGAGAAUAACAAAAUUGGAUAGGAGUGAGCACUCUAAUGCAAGUAAUUCCACUCUUCGAACGUGCGUAGAAGCAUGAGAGGGCGCAUCAUAAAUACUAAAUGGAAGGAUUAUGCAGGGUAGUUUGAGCCUGGUCCUCAUGCACUACGUGCAUCGCUGCGUUUCUACUUCACUUUCUUUUCUUAAUUCAUACCACUGUUUCAUUAGUUUAAUUUUUCUUCAAGUAAUACUACAAACUCAUAUGGUUCCAAAUUCCUUGUAAUUACUCAUCUGAAUCAUCAAUAAAACAUUUCUUUACGUCUGUA